CCUUCAGCCAGCUGGCCGGUGCGCAUCACAGACCACUGGGAUCCACACGCAGACACUUGCAGCGCAGCCAUGAGUGAGAGACAAGCAUCUGGAGCAAUGACUGGAAACAGCAAACCAUCUUCUGGCCAAGAAGAAAAGAAGAACAACCUCCCGCAGGACUUUGACAUCGACAUGGAUGACCCAGAGACGGAGAAGGCUGCUGUUGCCAUCCAAUCGCAGUUUAGGAAAUUUCAGAAGAAGAAGCAGGAUGUGAAGUCGUAGAGUGAGCGCUGUCAGCUGCGUCGUCACCUGAUGAGGGCCUGGUCUUGCAUGUCAAUCAAACUGC